AACUCACGGCUGGCAUGGACGCGGGAAUCAGGAUUGGAUAAUUCGAGCCAAAAACAAUAUUAUAGCUUUAACAAAAUCAAACGUUAUAACAGUAGACUGGAGAUAUGGAGCCAAACAGUCGUAUUUCCAAGCCGUAGCAAACAGCCGAGUUGCCGGUGCUGCAACUGCGCAUGUCAUGAAUGUUUUACACGAGACCUUUGGCGCCAAUUAUAGCAAUAUGUACAUGAUAGGUUGGAGUCUUGGGGCGCAUGUGGCAGGAUAUGCAGGAGAAGAAAUUAAAAGUUCUGGAAAUUUAAUUGGAAGAAUAACAGGUUUGGAUCCGGCAAGUCUUGGCUUCACUGGCGAUGGGAAGACGCGUGCAAGAUUAGAUAUAAGUGACGCUUCUUUUGUAGAUGUUAUACAUACAGAUAUAGACUCCGGGAAGGGUAUACGAGAUCCAAUAGGUCAUGCCGAUUUUUAUCCAAAUUACGGUAUCGCACAGCCUGGAUGCAAGGGUAAACGUAUGUGUGACCAUGCAAGAGCGCCUUCUUAUUUUGUAGAAUCUAUUUUACAUUCAUGCACGUUCUACGCAAAUCCCUGUCAUAUAUCAAACAUUUUAGCUCAGGCAGGAUGUAACGUUACAUGCGCUGGGCAAUGUGUCAAAAUGGGAUUCUAUGCUGCAUCCUCAACGAAAUUUCCAAAUGGAACAUUUUAUCUUGAAACCAACGAUGUCCCACAAUACUGUUUAUAUACGUGAAUAUAUAGAAAUAUAUAGUAGGCCUAUUUAAGAAUUAUAGUAUAAAAGAAUAAAAAUAAAAAAGGAACGAAACUGUAUAUAUGUACAGAAAAAUGCUGCUGUUACAUAAUACAAUAGUUUUGUGAACAUUCAUACAUACACUGUGAACAAUUUAAAAUAGCAGUAUCAUAUUUAAAGCAUUUAAAUAAACUAUCAUUCUUCAUAAAGUGAACGUAUCAUAAAAGACAAUGUGUGAUUUGGUUACUUUCAACGAAUUCGAUGGUUUAAAUUUAUUAACAGAUAUAGCGUCUUACCCAAAGUAAAAAGUUAAAAUUUCAGUUUGGAUAAAACCAUUAAUCAUUUUAGGUGAAAUUUCAAAAUACGUUCUUUGUGAAUAGGGAACAGUGGAGGCCAUGAUAAGACAGCACCAAUGUGCCGGUAGAUCUUCUUUUGUACUUCAUGGUCGCAUGGGUAGAUUCCAUCGUCUUUAGCAGGCUAUGAGACAGUGUUUAUUUCUGUUGAACAUGACAAACACGACCGGUCAUUUCUCUUAUAAUAUAUAUUCAAUAAUAUUUUCUUUUGCGUUUUACAAUUAAAAAUAAUAUGAUUUCAUUUCUGGACAUAAACUCUCAAGACAUAUACUUUAUAAUUUAUUAUAUACACAUUAUUUUUACGUUAUUGCCCAAGUAUUUAUUAAACCACUGAAAUGUCAAUGGAAGGUUAUGCAAAAAAGUAGAAUGGUGCCCGAAAGUGCAAUUGUCUCUUUCAAUAUCUUAUUUAUUAAAUUACUUCUUUCGUCCGAGAUACUAAUAAUUGUCCGUAAUCUAAAAGAUCAGUGAUCUUUCGUUCACCUCUUAAUGGUUUUCUUAAUGCUUUGAAGUUUAAUGUAGUAUUGAUUGUAUAUUACGUCGUAAAACAAAAAACGUAACUGCUCAUACAUUGUUAUUCUAAAGGUCAAGAAUAUGUGGCUUUUAGCAAUAG